AUGGGUGCGUUCGUCUUGGACGAUUUUCCGAUUACAGUGCUCACGCUAACGAUACCGAAUAUGAACCAUUCACCUUGGGAUAAGCGCUAUAUAGUAAGAAAUAUCACGUUAGCUUCAAGACGAACGCAAAUUAUUCGUGCACAAUCAUUGCGACGUCGGACGUUAUCACUUUAUGAGUUAUCAGUGUUAUCACGUAACUCGUCAAUUUAUGAAAAAUUUAAUGUAGGGAGAGCAACUGCAUUGAAAUGGGUAAGAAGAGUGGUUAACGCUUUAGACAUUCUAGCACCUGCUUUUAUUGUAUGGCCUAAUGAGGAAAGAGCAAAGGUUAUUAGAAAUGGAUUUAUUGGCAUCAGUAACCUUCCUAAUGUCCUCAGUGCAAUAGAAGGGACCCACAUAAACAUACCGACACCUCAUGAUCAUCCAAAGUCUUACGUUAACAGAAAAGGUCACCACUCAAUUCAACUACAAGCUGUUUGUGAUCAUCAGUGUAAGUUAAUUCACUGUUAUGCCGGAAACGUUGGUUCAGUUCAUGACCAACAAGUGUUUCGUUUGCCUGAAUUACACUAG